AUGGCUGUUCCUGCCACAGUGAUUCUCAGAAUUAUUCUGGGCGAAAAUGAUUCGCAGAGAUUGAUCCUUAAAGACGGGUUACCAGAAUCUGUCAGUGAACUCAUACAGCAUAUAAAGAGGCAAUGUGGAGUAGAAGGGGACAUCAGACUCCAGUUCAUGGAUGCAGAUUUUAAUAAUGAGUUUACCAACCUGACCUCAAUACAUAUUGUCUUCUCCGAGUCGAUCUCCUCAAGAUUCUCUGCAUGGCCGUUGGUCUUCAAGGUGCCCAGGUUCUCUUAUGAUGCUGAAGUACAGCUGGAAAGGGCCAAUGCUGCAUUUAAAGAAAAUGGAACUUUAUUGAGUCCUGAUACUAAACUUAAGUCUGCCAUUCUUGAUGGCUUAAUUGAAACAAUUAUUCAGUACAAAGUCUACCUCUCUGAUGCAGAGUUUAAGGAUGUAGCUGCAGCUCUUGUGUCAUCCCAUCCUUGUUUGAAAGAGCCUGGUUCAGCCACUGGAUAUGACGGCUGGAAGACAAGCCUGAAGUAUAAACUUGGUAACUACCGAACAAAGCUGAGACGUCUUGGAUGCCCAGAAGUAUCAGUAAAUGCUCUUGUAAACAAACCGAAUGAUAGAUGCAGUCCUGCUUAUGGUGUAAAAAAGCCCAAAAAAGCAGAAGUCAAUUACUGCCCUGCUUAUCCAUCUGGUGAAACAAAGGAGACUCAAGAACUUCUAAGAGUAGCUCUUCUUUCAGAAGUGGAAAAAAGAAACAAUGAAAAUAAGGUGGCAAUGUUAAUGGAGAGGUCGUUUGCUCACAGAAGGCAAGAAGUGGUUCGAGAUGCACCCAUGAUAGCAGAUUUCAAAACAAGAUGGCCAGCACUCUUCAGUGUGCGUGAGGUGUGUGCAGAAUUCAAAAGGAUUACUACAGUCCAUUUGCAGUCUAAGUUUUUCUCCCAGCUGGAUGUUCACUCUGCAAAUCUAAUCAAGGCAUAUAGUAAGAAGGGUGGAUUUAUAGGAAGGAGACUCAAGAGCAUCAUGACACCUAUGACCCAGAACAAUAGCAUUGAUAUUGGACGUGAAUGCAUCCUAAAGGGACUUUGUGUGUACUUAAAUGAAGAUCCGGAGAAGCUGGUGAAGGAAUACAUGGCAGAUGAUGUAAGCAGAGACACAGCCAUGAAAGAGACCGUAUUUGGCAUCUAUGUUGUUCGACAUGAAGGUGAUGAGCAUACUGAUCCCCCAGAGGAUGUGGGUGUCAUUCUAGAGGGGGUGACUGUACUCUGUGAACUGGGGAAUGUACCUUUUGCAUUGGCCAUAUUGCUUGCCUUAGUAUAUUCUUUAAAUCUAUGCUACCCUCCAGAACAUAAAUAUACGUUUGAAGCUUUGCAAAAAAUAAUCUUGGAGCUGAAUGGGAACAGGCUUUCUGCAAAAAUACAGGCUCUUAAAACAAUUCUGUUGCGUUGAAGAUUGUCCACUUCAAGUAAAGUGAAUAUUAUUAAAUCAUUCCUUUGUUAAAGGUUUAAGUUCACUGACAUUUCAUGGGACAGGUCUAAUUAUUUGAGGUGGGGUGCUAUAAAACAUUUGAAAAGUUAAAUGUACCAGGUAACUUUUUUUUACAUGCAUUAUUUCUUUUUUCAGAUUUUAUCAUUUUAUAGUGGUUUGCUUUAAAACAAUUUUAAGUUUAAAAAUACCAAGUACUAUAGUUCAUCCAUAUAGUAAUAAAAAUAAAAAGGUGUUUUUUUAUUUCUUUUUUUUUAUGUACUAUGUUUCAUGUUUUCAAGAAAUUUGUAAUGUAAAAAUGUUACAAAACCAACAACUUUGUGCAAAGAAUGGUGUGCACUUAUGUGCCCUUUGUUAAUUAAACUUGAUGACCAGUGGAUUUGUGUUCAUAUUUCUACACUUAACACCAAGUAGACUUUGUGCGUAAAGCUUUUAAUGUAAAUUCAAAUGUAAUACUUUACUUAGAAUGUACUUAAAUCAAUCAUGGAAAGUAUUUCCAUGUGAUUCAAUGGCUCUCUUUCAGCAUUACCUAAUUUUGUUUGGCCAACUUGUUUAACUCUAGUUUUAAUUACUUAAUACAAUUGAGUUAGAUCAUCACAAAUAAAUUAAGUAUAACUAAACAUGAAAAUAAAAGUUGAAUCAACACCAAUAAAUUGUGUUAACCCAGCUAAAGCAAAUAAAGUUGGAAGGAAACUUUGCAAAUAAGUAUAAUGGAGACUAAAAAAUUAAGUUGAACCAACUUAAGUAUUACAAGUUGGCUGAAAAUGAUGGC